UAUAAGAAGCUGCUGGGAGGCCCAGAUUGGCCAGAGAGCUCCUGGACCAGCAGGCAGCUCCAGCUCCAGCUCUAAGCCCCCGAAGAGACCUUGCCUUUCUCCUCUGCUUUCUGCGUGUCAGAUCCAGGUCAGCCAGGGAAGAGGAUUCCCUUUGGGUUCUCCAGAAGCCACCGUGUGUAGGCAACCCGUGAUAGAACUUCACAGCCCAGUCUCUGCAACUGCAGGUAUGAGAUCCAGGCUUCUGAUUUCAGUGGCUCUCCUGCCAACCAUAAGUGAGAACUCAGAGAUGAUGAUGCUGGGAAACACCCAGGCCAAAGAUGAGCUGCAGAGUGAUCUUCUCUCCUCACAGAGCCUCGAUGAUUAUGUGAAGUCCAUCUGUCAGCUAGCCCAGCCCACUUCUGUACUUGAUGGGGCCCAACGUCUCCCUUACAAUAGACUGCGAAAGCCAUGCAGGCUCAGAGGAAAGACCUUCAAUGAUUCAACUUCAGCUUCACACAGUGAGAAGUCAAGCCCAACCUCACCCAUGCAGGACAUCACUGCCCACUUCAGUGGCCAGCAUUCGACACUGACUCUGGGCAAUAACAUCGACCCCCUUGACUGGCUUUUUGGGGAAUCCCAACCAAAAAGACAGAGCUGGAAGGACACCCUAAGGAGGACUGGCUUAUCCACUGACCCUUCAUGUCUGCAUAAACAGAAUGAAACUGGAAAGUCCAGGGUCCCGCGUCGAGUCAGAGCCUGUGAAGCAAAGAUCCCUGGGGGUCCCUUAACAAAACUGUCCAGUGAGUGGGGCAAGGAGAAAAGAACUCAGCCCUCUAUGCUGAAUGCUGCCCUGAGGUAUUCCAGCAAUUCUCACCAGGACAGGAUACCCCGGGUUUUGAACUCAAAUCUCCCAGUCAUUUAUGAACUGUGACCCCACAAAUAAAGUCUUCUGUAAAUAA